AUGGCUAGUGAGGAGAGUUUUUUAGUGUUGGUUCACUAUAGAAGGUCGAUUAAGAAAAAAACACGUUUUGGUAUUAAGUUUAAUGACAAGGAUCCCUUCAGUAUUUUUCUGAAACCUACAACGAGCUUCCCUAUGUUCUUGAAUUCUAUAAUCCAAAAACUGGGGUUGGAAGGCGUGAAAUGGGUUGAGAAGUUAUUAUAUCACAUUCUGAUUUCAGUUCUGCGAGAUGAUGUGAAAUACGAUUUGUUUGUCAUAGGAAGUGACGAGGAUUUGGAGGUUCUGUUCCAUUGUCGUCGGCAGUUUCCCGAGGUCAAGACACCUGAGCUAUUGACAAAGCUUGUGGAUGUGGUCUCUAACUCAGGUGGUUCAAACCAGAAUAUCCAAACUCCAGCAACGGUAGCCUGUUCUAAUUUGAGGCCUGUUGGUGCAUCUUUAACCGUGCCUGUGAUUGCACCUCAGCAAGGGACACUUGAUGGUAUAGAUGAUGCAUUGACGGAUGAUGAUGACAUUAAUGAUGUGGAGCCAUACAUCAUUUCCGAUGAUAGCAAUGAUGACAUAGCAGCGAGUAAUCCAGCUGGGGCUGGCACAGCAUCCAGCUCAGGGACUCAGCAGUACCUCCCGCACUUUUCAUCUUUGGACUUGGAUGCCAUGAGACAGGAGGGGGUUCCUGGAAAACCUAUUGAAGACAAAGAUGAGACCGUGUUAAGCGUGAAGACCUAUAGCAUCCAACUCAGGAUACAGUACAAAGUGGUGGAGUCCGAUUAUCGCAAGUACCUUGGGAAGUGUAAUGAAUUUGGCAACGGGUGCACAUGGUUGAUUAGGAUCAGUCUCCGCUAG